AAAAUAAAAGUUAUUACUAAAGAGCGAUGGAAAUAAAAGUUAUUACGUGAUUCCAGUAGUGAGUCGAAGAAGAGGAGCAAAAGAGAGUGAGUGACGCAAUGGCGACGGAAAACAGCGUAACUCAAAACCCUAGCCAUGGAAAACGACCAAAGGUGUUAGUUAUAACGGGCCCCACAGGUUCUGGUAAAUCAAAGCUAGCCGUUGAUUUAGCCUCCCACUUCUCCAUCGAAGUCAUCAACGCUGAUUCCAUGCAAGUCUACCGUGGCCUCGAUAUUCUCACCAACAAACUCCCCUUCUCUGAACAAAACGGAGUGCCGCACCAUCUCUUGGGUACUGUAAACCCUAACUUUGAAUUCACAGCCAAAACUUUUCGUGAUUCUGCUAUUCCCAUUAUUGAUGACAUAUUGUCUCGUAAACACUUACCUGUUAUAGUUGGUGGUACUAAUUACUAUAUACAGGCUCUGGUGAGUCCGUUUCUUCUAGACGAUUCAACAGACAAUUUGGAUGAAAACUAUUUGGCUGAUUCACCUGGUAUCACAGGGCAUGAUGAUGAUUUUGUUGCUGAAGUUGACAGUUCAAGCUACAGUUAUGAUUUGCUUAAAGAUAUUGAUCCGGUUGCAGCAAAUAGAAUCCAUCCAAAUAAUCAUAGAAAGAUAAAUCAAUACAUUAGUUUGUACUCUCGAACUGGUGCUCUUCCCAGUAAGGUUUUUCAAGGACAGGCAGCAGAGAAGUGGGGUCAAGCUGAUAACUUAAGAUAUGAUUGUUGUUUUAUAUGUGUGGACGCAUCUCUCCCUGUACUAGACAGAUAUGUAGAGCAGCGGGUAGAUGACAUGAUGGAUGCAGGGUUACUCAAUGAAGUCUAUGACAUUUACACUAUGAAUGCAGAUUAUACCAGAGGUUUGCGACAGGCCAUUGGUGUUCGUGAGUUUGAGCAUCUUCUUAGAACUUGUGUUAUCAAAAACAUAAAUCAAAGAGAGGAUGGAUCAACCGAGGGAUCAAGCUUAGAAAAUGGUGAGCCAUUGUUUUAUGGCAAUUUGAUGGAGUGGUUGAGAUCUUCCUCUGACACUGAAUCAACAAUUCAUUUGGAAGAAGCAAUUGAGAAAGUAAAGGUUAAUACCAGGAGACUUGUCCGCCGUCAGAAGAGGAUGCUCAGUCGACUGCAAACACUGUUUAGUUGGGAUAUACGCUAUGUUGAUUCCACGGAGUCAAUAUUGAGCAAAUCAAAUGAUGUAUGGAAUAGCCAAGUGGUUGAAUCUGCCAAGAAGAUAGUUACAUCUUUCCUGAGUGAGGAUGGAAGCUUGUCGUCGACCAUUGGGAUGUCAAAUAGCAGUGGGACGAAAAUAAUCCACAGGGACCUCUGGACUCAAUACACAUGCAAGGCAUGCGGUGAUCGGGUUCUUAGAGGAUUACAUGAAUGGGAACAACACAUACAUGGUCGUGGCCACCGUAAGCGUAUUUCUAGUCUCAAGAGCAAGGCACGAGGUCUUAGUUUUGUGGAACAGAAACAUGAGCCUUCUGAGCGCGAGUGCAUGGAUAUAUUGUAGUUUGGAAUACACUCCAGAGCAUAUGAGUCGCUUGUCAUGGAAAGAGUUGAGUAUGUAAGCAUUUAAAAUGGGAAUAUCCUUUUAAUCUAGCAUAGUUGUUCUUCCGGAUAUUCUAGGUUAAUGCAUCAUCCUUUUUGUGACUUUUGAUGCUAUAGAAAAAAAUAUAAAAUGGAAUUAGAUCGUGGGGGAGUAAGAAAAAUAGGAAUCAGUUGUAUCGGGGGUAGGAAAAAGAAAUGCUAUUUAUGAAGCCAGUUGUAAUAUGAAUUCAGAAUUUUGAAUGAAUUUCGGUUUCGGUUAA